AUGUCGGGAUCAAGCCACAUCAUGACAUUGUUUGGAGGCGAGGUGUUCAAACAUCAGGGCGCCGAGAUGAGGAAGCGAAGGGAGAGCCCGUGCGCUUCCGAGACCGUCGCGUUGCUCAGUCCCCUGGGGACGAUCCGAGUCGACGCGUGUGAGAAUGGCGUACACACCAUCCAGAUCCUAAUGGAUGUCGCACCUGCUGAAAGGAGCGGCGAGACCCCCCCGAGCUGCCGCGUGGUCAACGGCGGCCCGAAGGAAACGAGCCCUGAGUUGCAGCGCUGCGUCGAAUGGCUCCAGGCAUACUUCGGCGAUCCGCGCAGCACUGGGAGUCUCCAGCCGCCCGCCUUUCACCACCCCGCCCUAAGAGCAGACACUUUCACCAGUCGCGUGCUGCACAUCCUGUUCAGAGACAUUAAAAUCGGGGAGACAGUCUCCUACAAACGCCUGGCUGAGAUGGCGGGAAACCCCGGUGCGGCGCGGGCGGUGGGCGGAGCCAUGAGGAAGAACCCGAUUCCGCUCAUCAUCCCCUGCCACCGAGUCAUUUCGAGCAGUGGCCAGAGCGGCCCGUACAUGAGCGGCAGGGGCGACCACCUCAAACAAUGGCUGCUCGCCCACGAGAGACACCGCGAGGAGGGCUGA